AUGGCCGCCUUUGACCUCUUUCCGAACCUCCCGUGCGAGCUGCGGCUCGAAAUCUGGAAGUUUGCCAUUCGUCCCGCCGGCCGCGGCGUCCACCGCUUCUCCAUCUUCAACCACCACACAGACAAGACCGACGUAUCGAGGAGGCUAGCCAUCACCAACACCAAUCAGAAGCAAGCCGUCCGCCACGCAGCCGCCGCGCCGCGCGUCCCCGGCGCAGGCGACGACCAUGGUUACUCGUGGACCGAGGGCAACGACUCGGCCUACCUCUGGGAUGCCGGGCUCUGGACCGCCUGCAGGGAGGCGCGCGAGGUCAUGAUGUGGCACUUUCGCGUGCAGUACUGGGACGACGCCAGACGGACCCUGGUUCGCAGCCCGGGGCACUGGACUCCGGCCGCCGUGGCCGAGGAAUUCGAGGACAUUACCGCCAUGGCCACGGCGCGGCACGGCGGCCGCGAGUGGCAUCUGAUGAUGCAGCCGCACAAGGAUCUCUUCUGGCUCGAGCCCCGCGACUGGAAGGCGACGGUCGAAUGGCAGACGCUGUUCCUCGACCUCCCCUUUGCCUCGUUUCGCCGAGGCUACGGCCACCUGAGUCACAUUGCCGUCGAGCACGACCCGAGCUGGAAUGUCGACCUGCCCAAGGACCUCGGCGCCCUGCUGCAGGAAUCGACGCCGCGCGGCUUUAUUGCCCGGGCCAUGGCCGAGUGCGCGACCAACAAGCUGUACUGUUUCAUCUGGCUCGUUGAUCGCGCCCUUGUCCGGGCAGAUCCCGCAGACGCCGUGUCCGAGGACAUGGAGCAUGGCAGUCACGCUGAGGAGCAGGAGGAGGAGGAGGCGGCGGAGGAGGAGAGUGGGAACGAGGGAGAGGAAGACGCCGAAGAAGCCGAUCAGGAACCCUCUUCAGAUUUGAUGACCUUUUAUGACUGCAACCGCGUCUACAUGGACACGGACAGAUCCGACCUCGUCCCCGACAAGUACGACUCUGAUGCAGAAUACGAAAAGACGGCCUUGCACUUUGUCCAGCUGCUCGGGACCAUUGGCAACGCCGACUACUCCCUCAUGGGCGACGAAGACGGCACCGCCGAAGACUUUGACUUCAGAGUCGACGAGUAUCUCGGCGUUUUGGCCUGCAUGUAG